AGCAGAUGGUUGCUGUAUACAAUACCUUCGGGGACGUCGAGGCCGUGCGCCCAGCGUCUUCCCAGAACUGGAAGAAGUAUGCCGCGGUCAUUGCCGGAGCAUGGGCCGUGAUGUUCGUCGCUGCCGUGAUGGUCAUUGGCGCCUACGACAAGAAGACUACCUUGUACCAGCGCCCCAGGACUCAGAUGCUCGCCUUCAAGGAGUUCGUCCCUGAGACCAACGUCUUUGAGAACUUUGAUGCCAGCUUCACCCCCGAGAAGAAAUUCGAGUAUGACCUCGCCAAGGAGGCAGACUACUCUCAGAUCAAUAUCGCCUCCGGAGUUGACGGAGACACCGUCGAGGAGGGCAUCCCCGACCCCUACGCCGAUCAGUCCGCCAGAAUUGAGGUCCCCGCGGCCGUCUACACCCAGGAUCCUCCCUACGAUCCUACUGUUGUUGAGAUCGGCGAGAAGGUUCUCGGCAAGCCAUUCCAUGAGUACACCGCUGCUGAGGAGGGCGACCCCGUCAUGGGCAAGGAUUACGAGGAUGUUCCAUUUGACAAGACCAUCAACUCCGUCCCCGAGCCCAACCCCUCUCGUGAGUGGGAGUCCCUCGAUGUUGAGAACGAGCCCAACCCCAACUAUUAGAUUAGGGACCCUAGUUUCUCAUAUAGUUGACUUUUUCGAAACGAGAUGUAACUAUGCUUUUGCGGAUAAAUGCAAACUCUUGCCAG